UUUUAUUCUCCUCCUAAUAUUCGAUUCUGUUUAGUAACAACACAAGUCAGUGACAUGUGCUCUUUCUCAAAGCGUUAUAAGUAGUGCUAUUUUUUGUUUUGUUGUUUGUUAUUGUAAACCAUGCCGUCAACAAGUGGUAGUGACUCUGAUAGUGCUCCGACUAUUUUAACAAACAAGAAGGGUAAAAGAAAGUUAUACAAGUGUGAAAUAAUAAAAAAUGCUAGACUAAAGGGUGAAGAAUAUAUUAAUUAUAAAGGUGCUGUAGUUUCUGCUAAAGAACAGGGUGAAAACUGCGGAUGUAAGGUAAAGUGUUAUAACCGAUGUUCCGAAGGUGACCGUCAGGAGAUUCUUCAAAAAUUUAGGCUUUUGGCAACCAAGAAUGAGCAGGAUGCAUAUUUACAAGCGUUAAUAUCUUACCAAAACGUCAAAGUUAAAAGGCCAAGGAAUAUAGGGCGAGCUAAACCGAAAUCUUACACAUUUAAAUAG